GUGCUCCUCCCCGCAAAAUCCCUCGCCCAGGUUGCGCAGCCCUUGGCCGCGCAUCGCUUCAUCAAUACUGCAAUAUAUUGCAUGCAGCAGAUUGCGGCUCCAUUUAGCCUGGUCACCAGAACACUGGACAGCAUGGCCUUGCUCUCAACUUCUAACGCCUCUGCUCCUGUCGAGCAAGUACUUCUAAUGUGCUGUUUCUCUCACUUUCCAGAGCGGCGCUGUCACCGAAUGCCAUGCGGCGCAUCUCAAUCGAUACCUUUGGGAUGAUGUCCCCGAGGGGUGGCGGCCCUUUCAGUCCGAUGAAGAGGAGGAGAAGUCCAUGGUAUCUUUCGAGACCGAGACUCUUGACGACUGUUCUGUUCUUCGCAGCGUUGUACUUCUGGUUGAACUACGGGGGGCACCAAGUUGUGAUCCCGGUGGAUUCAUUCGAGUAUUUGCAGGAUGGCUCGUUGACGGAUAUCCACAAUUCCACUCUCGGUUUUCAAAAGAUUCUCGUCCUCAAUCUCCCCUUCCGAUCCGACCGACGCGAUGCCAUGACCCUCUCCGCAGCGACUAGCAACAUCAAGUUGGAAUUUGUGGACGGCGUGACUGGAGACAGCAUCCGGAAUAGCGCGUAUCCACCACCGGAAGAGAAUAUCAAGCUUUCCGUAGGCAUACGAGGCAGCUGGAGAACGCACAUGAACGCGCUACAAAGGGUCGUACAGCAGAAUCUCUCAACAGCCCUCAUAAUUGAGGACGACGUAGACUGGGAUGUUCGCGUUCGACAGAACCUACAACGAUUCGCACUCGCAUCACGUUUCCUCUCAGAGAAUAAGGAUGUCUUAUCAUCUUCUCCGCAGUAUAAACUCGAAAACCGUCCCAAUCCUGAAACUCCCGAGACCGGUAUUCACAUCCUGACCGACCACGGGCUCACUACGCAACUGCCCACUCUCCCCUUAUCCUCCGUCUCUAAGACUGGCCUCGGCUACUCACAUCACCAAACAAGCGGCUCCCCUUCUCCUUACGGUGACCCCGCAGAAUGGGACAUCCUCUGGGUCGGCCACUGCGGCGCCGGAUUCCCGCGCUACUCCGAUGACCAUAAAAAGUCAGACAUCACAGCAGCCAACGUGAUCCUCACCCAGUCGAACGAUGAUACGGUACCCGUGGGCAAGCACCUGAAAGCGCAUCCCUUCCAAGGCGUUCUCGAUCCCUUAGCCGACGCAUAUCCACCACAUACACGCGUCUUCCACCGCGCAUCAGGCGGCACACUCUGCACGAUAGCCUAUGCCGUUAGCCAGCGCGGUGCGCGCCGCCUUCUCCAUCAGUUCGGCAUCAAGGGCUGGAACGGGAUCUUCGACUCUGAAAUGGGGCGUUGGUGUGGCGGAGAAGAUCCCGAUAUGGGCGCGUCCGCAGAGCCUAAGAAGAAGCCCGCCCAUCAAUCGCCGCUCGGUGGAGGUAAAGGCAAAAGGAAUGGAAGAGAGAGGGUGUGUCUGACGACCCAGCCGCCCAUCUUUGCGCACCAUCAUCCGAUGGAUGGGGAGAGCGAUAUCGGGGGCUUGGGAGGUGGGUAUGCGACGAGGUACGAGACGAAGUAUUUGAGGUACAGUGUGAGGAUGAAUUUGGAGAAGAUUGUAAGGGGCGAAAAGGAGUUGGAGGAUCAGUGGCCGGACGAGUGACGAGAGAGCUCGCAGCUAUACUUUCAGGCAUGGAACAGGCGUUCCGGCGGGCAUCACAAAAUAG